AUGAGCGCCCACACCCUGUCGAGCCUUCCGCCGGGUUGGAGCUUCGAGCUGCGGCAACGACAGGGCCUGACUCGAGCGUACAAUGUUUUCCACGGCCCGGACGGGCAUAUCGCCAAAUCCGUUCCAGAGGCGUGGCGCAAGCACCGUGGCGAAUCGGAGGCCGUGUUCCGAGAGAGCAGCCUCGCGCCGGCGCCGGAGAGUGCGGGAGCGUUCGGGCGAGCCCUCUGCCCGACGGUUCCGUGGCGGUACGAGCCGCCGGAUAGCACCUUCUGCCAGCGAGCUUUUGCAGACGAGUGUGCGAAAGCAGCCGCUAAGGCAGCAGCUGCCGCUGCCGCGGCGCCCUCGGCGGCGGCGGCCGACGCGGCGGCGGCGCUGGCAGCGAAUGUGGCGCGAGCCGCAAAAGAGGUGGCGGCGGACACGGCGGCAAGUGCGGAGGACGCGGCGGCGGCGGCGAAGGCCGAGACCGCGGCGGCGGCCGAGGCGGCGGCCAAGGCGGCCAAGGCGGCAGCAGCUCAUCAGACCGAGGAGGCGGCCGGCGAGGAUGCCGAGGCGCCCGUGCGGCACCAGGCUUCGUUUUGGUCCGCGGAGGAGGAUGCCGCUUUGCUGGAGCUCGCCGACUUCGGAGUAGGCGAGCUGUGGGCGGCGGUCGCGAGCCAGCUGCGCGGGCGGUCGGAGCACUCCGUGCGCACGUACGUGGACCCGGGGGGAAGAGGCCACCGCACGCGCGGCGAGGCGGCCGCAGCGUGGAAGGAGGAGGAGGGCGAGGAGGAGGGCGAGGGGGAGGAGGAGGAGGGCGAGGGCGAGGGGGAGGAGGAGGAGGGCGAGGGCGAGGAGGAGGAGGGCGAGGGCGAGGGCGAGGGCGAGGGCGAGGGCGAGGGGGAGGGCGAGGGGGAGGGCGAGGGCGAGGAGCCGCCUCUGGAGUGCGACAGCGCGGCCGUGGACCGCAAGCUUUGGGACGGCGCGUUUGCCGCCGGGUGGCGUGUGCGCGCGCCCUCCCAGGCCGCCCUCAAGCACGGGCACUGGCGCUACGUCGGCCCAACAGGAGACGUUCACACCACGCGCGGCUCGGCGGCGGCGGCGGCGGCGGCGGGAGCCGCGGCGGCGGCGGCGGCGGCGGCGGCGGCCGCAAAGUGCCAUGCGUGCCAGGGAAGGCACCGCGCGCACACCUGCGGGCGAGCACUAGCGGCGGUCGCCGGCGGGCCCUCUGCGCGCGCCGCCGCUUCGCCGAGCAGCAGCUCUGCGCCGGAGGUUGAGGCAAAGGUUGGGAAGGUGGCGCCGGGGCGGAGUGGUACAGUGCCUCGAGUCUUCGCGGGGAGGGGGCCGAAGCUCUGCGGCACUGGAGGCUGCGUGAGGCCCGACGGGCACGCUGGCUUGUGCGAGGUGGCGGUGCGCGAGCGAGGCUCGCGGCACGCGCCGCUCAAGCGCAAGAUCGGCGACGCGAAGUAG